AUGGCUCCUAUUUCGUGUUCAAGGAAAGAGUUCAAACCCACCGAUGAUGAACUCAUCCAGUUGUUUCUUUACAAUAAGGUCAACGGGAAACCAUUGCCUAAAGAUGUUACGAUUCUUGAAUAUGACUUAUAUGGUGAAAAGAACCCUUGGAAGAUUUGGGAAGACUUCGAAGGUUCUAACUCUUGCGGUGGAACGGGCCUUUACUUCUUCACCACCUUAAAGAAAAAGUUCUUCACUGGCACACGCUCGGUUCGCACCAUUGGGUGCGGGUCUUGGGAAGCAAAAGACAAGGGGAAAAAAUGUAUGGCCAAUGGCACGAUUCAAUGUAUUGGGAUAAAGAGACGUUUACGAUUAGAGAAGAGUGGCACCAACCAUGAUGGUGCUUGGAUCUUGCAUGAAUAUAGAAUUUAUUCUUCGUUGUUAGACAAUGCAUCUGCCGACAACUAUGUUCUCUGCAGAUUUAGAAAGAAUUUAAUACAUGAUCUUCACAAAAAACUAGGUGUGAAGAGAAGUAGACAAGAAGACUUCACCAUGAAGCAACCGAGAAAGACCGUUGUUCUUUGA